AUGGACUCUCUCUCCUUCGACGGCUACACAACCUACUCUGACGCCUCCACUCCCCGCACUCCCUCUCCCACCGACAUGCACUUUGCCCCUGAUUUCAAGCACGACAUAGACCACCCCGUCCAGAACAUCUUCGCACCCACUGACGAUGAUAAUGCAGGCGCUGUUGUUGUCCCACCAUCCUCUGGCCCCUAUUGGUCUCAGAACUCCUCUACAAACACACACCCGUAUGCCUUUAACAACACCAGCAACAACAGCUCCCGUGGCUCUCUGCUCCAGGAGCUCUACGAGUCCGACAUCCCUGAGCAGUCCCUGUCUCCCAAUUUCAGCCACCAGUCCGACAACUGGUCCCAGCAGCAGCAACAGCAGCAACAACAAAGGCCUUCAGAGUUUUCGAUGAUGCGUCGUGCCACUUUUCCCUAUGUCCGACGCGACCACGAAGACGCGAUGCCGAUGCAGUACGUCCAGCAGCAGCAGCAGCAGAUGCAGAUGAUGCACUUGCAGCAAAUGCAGCACGGAAAUGGUAUGCAAUAUUCGCGCGGAGAGCAUCUUUACAAUGAACCCCACCACAUGGACUCGGCCCACGAUUUCAUCCCAUCCAUGUCCAAUUCUCCCCACUCCUCAUACCGCGACUUUGACGAUGGCGCAAACAUCAAGCUCGAAGAGGGUGCGCCCCUUAUGGUCCCCUCCCAGACCUCUUUCUACCGUCCCAAUUCUUCUGGCGGUGUUUGUGGCUCCAUGUCGCUGUCCUAUCUUUCUCCCCAUACAGGUCUUCCCGUCCAACACACUGACGAUGCCGCUUCAAAAGAAACCCAGUAUCUCCGUCGUCGAUGCUUCAACUGCCACACAACCGAGCCCCCUUCAUGGCGAAGGAGUACCCUUAACCCGGGCAAGAUUGUAUGCAACAAGUGUGGUCUCUACGAGCGAACCCAUCUGCGACCUAGACCUCUCCGUUUCGACGAGCUCCGAGCCGGUAACAAGGCACGCAAGCAAAGCAAAGCCACCACUGGACCUAAUCCAAGUGUCAGCCCAAAGCAGUCCAAGAUGGUGAAGAAGGAACCCCGCGAGUAUGGCACCGGUGCUCUUCUGAGGCGCAGUUCUGUAUCCUCGUCAAGUUCUGUUCAUUCUGGCAGCGGCGCAAGCGACUGGGAUGAUAAUGUGUCCAUUUACUCUUCUGGGUCAGCGCCCCCGACAUCUUUCAACUCUCCUAUCCAGCAAAGCUACCCAUUGUCACGAAGCGACUCACAGUCGCCUCCCCGCGACGGUGGAAUCCGCCUCCCCAACAACCCUCUCUCUGACAUCGCGUCGAUGAACGUGUCUCAUGGCCCACAAAGCCAGCUCCCAACCCCCCGAAAAUCACAUACCUCACCUGGAGCAUACUUUGCACCAUCGCCGGCUCUCUCGCAAACCCAGGCACUGCCCGGAAGUCGAAGCGGCAGCGUGCACGGCAGUCCUGCUGUUGGCCACUCACAGCUGCAGCUGCAAACACAACCUGACUUCUUUGGACCAUCGGAGAACGCGUCGGCUGUGUCGAGUCCGGGACCAGUUGCCGCUGCAGUUCCUGCUCUAUCGUCAUGA